GUGAAAAGAAGAAAAAUGGCUGCUUUGUGUGUUUGUCAAUUUGAGUGAGUGGAAAAAAUAACUAAUUUUCAGCGCAGUUCUUAUCAAAUUCAGAAAACAAUUAUAAUAACGAUUAUAUUUGCACAAAUUGUACGCUCACUUUGUUAGUGACUUAUAGAAAACAUGAACUAAUUGUUUGAACGUAUAGCGGAAUACAGGGAACAAUAUUACAAUGGAAGGUACUGAGAUGUCUCACGAAGAAGACCGACUAGUUUCUGCUACCCACCAGCAAGCAAAUGACAAUGCAGUCUACACGACGACAGCACAAAGCAAUGCGACUUGCCUCCUAAAUUCCCCGACAAACAGUCCAAACACAGCUGCUUCUAAUCAAAAGCUCGCCGACGAUGGUUAUCAGCCGCUACAACAGCAACAACAACAACAACAGCAGUCAACAAACGAUAACAGUAACACGCAGCAGAGCGCAAGCGGAGUCGGCAGCGCCAACAACAGCAACACACCAACACAACAACAACGUAAUUCGACGAAUUCAACGAACGAAUACACAUCGACACCGAAAUCCUCACGCACGAGCGGCGGCGGCGGUGGCGGAGGCGGCGGGAAUUCACCAAUAAACCUCGCCGGCAAUCAGCCGAACAAUGAUGAACACAACACACCACCGGCACCACAGCACUUCAAUAUCGAUUGCAGUGUCAUAAAUGAGUCACCCGCACAUAUCGGCGCAGAUGUUGUCUAUGUAGAUAAUGCGAGCAAUAGUGUUAUCAACAAUAACAACAACAACAACAACAGUAGUAAUAUAACAAAUAGCAGUGUUAACAACACAAACAAUCAUAAUAAUAGCGGUAAUAAUAGUGGGAAUGAGAGCAGCGUUGGCGUCGGACGCACCCUACCACAAACAGGCGCCAUUAUCACUUCGACACCGUCGGUGGCAGUAACGGCAGCAACAACAACAGCGAACGCGACACUCGCCAGCACCGUAUCCAUUGUCAUACCGCCACGCCAAGCGCUCCUACCUUGGGGCACACACUCGCGCACCUCGAUUAUCAACGUCAUCUCCUACACGCAAGCCCUCGACAUGCCCUUGACACAGGGUGGCGCAGGCGGUGGCGCACAAAUGUCCGGUGGCAAUGACGCCGCCGCCACGUUGCGCCCAGGCGAAAUUGUUAUGCGCAAUUUAUUCAGCGAUUUCACCGUGCAGGCGGAGAAGAAGAUUGAACUGGUGAUGAUGGAGAGCGCCGACAAGCAUUUGUCGAAACUGCUGCAACGCGGCGAAGAUCAACAAUUCGAUCAGCUGUUGUCGGCGCUCGGUUCGGUGGCCGAACAUUGCCUGCCAUCGCUGCUACACACGCUACUGGCGUGGCAUCGUCGCCAACUGUCUGAUGGUGAAAUCAAAAAUGAUCUCAAACGCUUGGAAAAGAACACAACACCGAAACCCACCACCGAUUUGGAAUUCCAGCUGCAACGCCGUGAGGCUGCGGUGGAAUUCAUUUUUUGCUUAGCGCUUAUUGAAAUACUCAAACAGUUGCCCUUUCAUCCGGGUCAUGAGGAUCUCAUAAGAAAUAUUGAGAAUUUGGCUUUCAAGCAUUUUAAGCAUAAGGAGGGCCAACAGAACAAUCCGAAUGCACACAAUAUACACAUGAUUGCCGAUUUGUAUGCGGAGGUGAUUGGCGUUUUGGCGCAGAGUCGUUUUUCGUCGGUGCGCAAACGUUUCAUGAGCGAGCUGAAGGAGUUGCGCGCCAAAGAGGCCUCCAACACGACGACGCAGUGCAUUAUUAGCCUGCUGAUGGGUAUGAAAUUCUUUCGCGUUAAGAUGGUGCCUAUUGAGGAGUUCGAGGCCUCCUUUCAAUUUAUGCACGAAUGUGGUCAGUAUUUUCUCGAAGUUAAGGAUAAAGACAUCAAGCAUGCGCUGGCGGGUCUGUUUGUAGAGAUUCUUGUACCAGUAGCUGCGGCUGUGAAAAAUGAGGUAAAUGUUCCUUGUGUGAAAAAUUUCGUUGAGCUGUUGUAUGUGCAGACAUUGGACGCCUCAACAAAAUCGAAACACCGCUUAGCUUUAUUUCCGUUAGUCACUUGCCUGCUCUGUGUAUCGCAAAAAGCGUUCUUUCUCUCAAAUUGGCACUACUUCUUGGCCAUGUGCCUGAGCAAUUUGAAAAAUCGCGAUGCAAAAAUGAGCCGUGUAGCGCUAGAAUCACUCUAUCGGCUCUUAUGGGUCUACAUGAUACGCAUAAAAUGUGAAUCGAACUCGGCGACACACUCGCGACUGCAAAGCAUUGUGAACUCGCUAUUUCCGAAGGGUUCCAAAGGUGUCGUGCCACGUGAUACACCGCUGAAUAUCUUUGUGAAAAUCAUACAAUUCAUAGCACAAGAGCGUUUGGACUUCGCGAUGCGUGAGAUUGUCUACGAUUUACUCUGUGUUGGGCGCUCCAUUAAGUUGAUUUUGAAUCCGGAGCGCAUGAGCAUUGGCUUGCGCGCAUUCCUCGUCGUGGCCGAUUCGCUGCAGCAAAAAGACGGCGAACCGCCGAUGCCACGCACCGUGCCCGUCUUGCCCUCCGGCAAUACCUUGCGUGUGAAGAAGACCUACAUUAACAAAAUGCUGACAGACGACACCGCACGCAGUAUUGGCAUGUCGACAUACUUCCCGCACGUGCGUCGCGUCUUCGUCGACAUACUACGCGCACUGGACGUGCACUACGGCCGCCCACUGAUGAUGACGAAUACACAAAAUCAAAAUAAAGAACCGGACGAAAUGCUUUCGGGCGAACGCAAGCCACGCAUCGAUCUCUUUCGUACUUGUGUGGCCGCUGUGCCGCGUCUCAUACCCGAAACGAUGACGGCGCAAGAGUUGGUGGACCUCCUGUCACGACUCACCGUGCACAUGGACGAGGAGUUGCGCAUCUUGACACAUCAGUCGCUGCAAACGUUGGUAAUUGACUUCCCGGAUUGGCGUCAGGAUGUCGUGCACGGUUACACACAGUUUCUGGUGCGCGAUGUCACCGACACUUAUCCGCAAUUGCUGGAGAAUUGCACGCGCAUGCUUUUCGUAUUUCUCAACAUCUGGCGUUGUGCCAUCAAUGUCAAUGGCAAUGGCAAUUCGAAUACGAACGCUUUGAAGACCUCAAUGACCGGCACCGGUGUGGGUGUCGGUGCCAAUACAGGCGUGGUUGGUGGCGCCGGUGGUGUUGGUGGUGGUGUAACGGUGGCUGGUGGCAUAGCGGGUGUGGCGGCUGGCAAAGAUACCGCCACCAGUCAGCUAUCGAGCGCCAGCAAUGUAAAGAGCGUGAAUACGAAUUCGAGUGGCGCUUCGAGCAUUACAUCCAGCGGCAUGUCAAGCAUCACGCAAACCACUGUCAUCAAUAUCGGUGAUGCGGCGAAGAAGAAUGAGAUACCGUUGGUGACAACACUGCAUUUCGUUGAGGGUUUCGCUUUGGUGCUGCUCUGCAAUUAUCGCCCUUUCUUGCGCAAGCUGGCCGCUAUGAUAUUGAAAGAAGUGAAGAAUCUCAUGAAAGCGCUUGGCAUACCAGAGACGGAGCCGCCGGUGAUUGAUGUGAUCGACAAGUCGUGUGCUCAGGUCCUAGAGAAAUGCCUACCACACUUGCCACCUUCGGAGAAGACUGCUAUACUCAACGCUAAUGCCAUUGACUUGCAAUGGAUUGCCGAGCGCACCAGUGGUGUAUGGAUGGCUGGGCUCACCGAUGUCUCCUUAGACACCUCCAAGUCAUCCACAUCGACGCUGAAUUUGUCACAAGGCAGCACAACACAUCAGCAACAACAGUUUGAUCCCUGGUCUAUGGUGCUGUUUGGUUUCUUGGAGCGCAAUCGCAUACUACAGCAGUGUCCCUCGGCUGUGGCGCAAGCCUGGCCGAUUUGUUACUCACGCGUCACCACGCUCUACAGCGUCAUCGAUCCCACACCGGUUAGUGAUAAUCGCGCCUCCUUGUUGCGCAGCUCGGCGCCCACCAAGAAAAUGCCCACCGAGAGUCAAAAGGAUCUCUAUUUGAAAUUGUGGCGCAAUCAAGUGGCUUGUGCCAUGCGCCUGGUGCCACAAAUACCUAGCGUUGCGGUGCGUUGUGCCUCGCCUGACUUGAGUUUGAGUCUACAAGAUCAAUCGGACUCACGGUCACUAUCCGAUUCUUUGGAUAAUAUACCAUCGAACGUGUUUGGACCCGAGGGCAUUGUGACACGCUUUACGCUGCCGCUAUCCUAUGGCCGUAAGGAGGCACGACAGAAACGACUUGGCUCAUCGCCCGACUCCUUGAAUGCUGAUCGCAGUGAUAAAUCCGUUAUGGGCUCGGCAUCGCCGCAAGCACUUUAUAAGCUGGUGGUGCCGCUGCUACGCUGUGAGGUGGUGGAAGUGCGUGAUGCGGCCGUAAAUGCGCUUGGCAUGAUUAAUCACGAGGCACUCAAGGAUUUGAUGGAGGAGCUGGUUGUGUAUAUACGCGAAGCUGUCGAUAGGAAGCAGGAGAAUAUGCGCCGUCGGCGUCGCCGCGAUGCUUUACGCUUACAGCUUGUACGUGUUUUGGAGAAAAUUGCGGAAAAUGGCACAUUUGGUGUUAGUCCGUGUGUACUAGAACGCGAUACAAUGUCUCUACAUCCAACCUUCGUCGAAUAUAUUGAGGGCGCUAUUCAAUAUCUGCUAGCCGAAACGGAUAAGGACAACACGAGCAUUCGCGAAGUGAAAGCGCACUUUUGCAAUUUCAUACGGAAAAUGAUUAAGAAUUUCUCACUGGAUUCAUGCGGCACACUACUGACCACCGGCUUAAAACGCAGUCUUUUCAAUCUGUUUGCCAUUUGGUGCGGUUCAUUUGCCAAGCCGCUAGGUGUCACCUCGCAGAUUGGACAAACGCCCGAGGAGGAGAAGUUGCAGUUUAGUGCUCUCCAGGCACUAUCCGCUCUGAUCUGCUGCGGUCACAUAUUCUAUGCACCGUUUCUAUCCGAUUACGGUAUUUUAUAUGUAUGGCUGGACAUGCUGCUGACAUCCAAAGACGAGAAGAUCUAUCUACUCGCUCGCGAUACUGUCGUUUUGCUACUCGAAUCGAAUCCGGACAGCAGUGUUUUGCUCGAAUGGGUAAUCGAUCGUUGCUAUACUUCGACGGCGCGCGUCGCCGAUGCUUGCUUCCUCGCUUUGGCUGCUAUUUUUAGUGCAAGAGAAUAUCCUUGUGAUCACUACACCUCGGUUAUAACGGUCACACUGCUAAUGACCGGCUGUCCACGUGUUGAGGUGCACUCCACCGCUCUACAAUUGCUACAAAUACUGGAUAAGCGUUUCUUCGGCAGCGUUGCCUCGCUGCACAGCGACCAUGAGAAAGAAGAUGACAAGCAGGUCGGCACUUUGGACACAUUGCUCAGCAGCGCCUACUGCCGUUCGCAGCGUUUCCUAUCCAAACAAUUGGCCCAGCUGCGCCCCGAAUUGACUAUGUCAAUGUUCUCCGAAAUAACCCAUCGCUUCCAGACGGCGCGUGAGGAUGUGCGUGCCCUGCUGAUCCAAUGUCUGUUGCCAUGGCUGCAUAAUAUGGAGCUGGUUGCCACAAGUGUGCCGCCGGCCACACCGUUAUCAUACAUUAUGUAUUUCCCUGAUUCUGGUACGCGUGGACGUAGAGAGGGUACUGGAUCGACCGAAGCCACCGAAAUGAUUUUAAAUAAUCUGUUUUAUAUCACCGCCAAAUUUUCUGAUUCGCAUCCGCGUGACAUUGAGGAACUGUGGGGCACACUCUGCCAGUUUUGGCCAAACAAUCUCAAGGUCAUUCUGCGCUACUUGGUCAUAAUGAGCGGCAUGGCGCCCAACGAGCUGCUGCCAUACGCGAAACGAGUUGCAUUGUAUCUCGCCCGCACCUGCCCCGAUCGUCUGCUCGACGAACUCAUGGUGGAGCUGCAAACUGUGGAGACGCUUAAUUGUUUAAUUGAACGCACCGAGACACCGCCAUUUUAUCGCCUAACAAGCAUGCGGAAAGCUUCCAGUCACUCAGCUGACGGUCAAGCAGUUGGCGGAAUCAAUGACUCGCGCAUACAGGACUUAAUUGUGGAGAAAGGUACUAUCCAUACGAAGCGUCACAGUGGCGAAGAUCCCAUCAAAACAGGAACCUGUAAAUCCGAUAGCGGCAUACGCGCCUUCACACAAACCACAAACAAUCGACCGCCGCGCGGUGCUGACAAGAUACGCGCUGCCUCCGGGCCAUCGAUACUGCCGCGACCCGAAGACAUAUUAAUUAAUGAUGCGGAGCUGCGUCAGGAGGAGAACGUCGAGCUGCGUUCGGCAGACGCGCCGCUGGCGCCACAUCCACUGCCCAUGCCGGAGUAUGGCGGCUACUUCGCGCCACUCACCGAGUUCCUACCGGACGUCAGCCUGCCAAUCAGCGGCUUCCAUCGCUGUAACGUCGCCGUGAUGCUGUUAACGGACAUUGUUGUCGACGGCAUUCCGGGCAUUGAUUGGACUUUGCAUUUACCGUUGAUGUUGCACAUUUUAUUUUUGGGUCUCGAUCAUACGCGCGUCAUUGUGCGCGAGCACUGCAAGCAGCUUUGCAUUAAUUUGCUGAUCGUUUUGGCCGAGCAUAAUGACCAUCUGACCGUCGCUCGUAUUCUGCUGAAUAGCGAAACAACAAAACUGGACUUGGGACUAACGGUGCCAUCGUUGCCCGUCAUUGAUAAUGUGUUUACAGAAUCUCAUCAGGAAUUCGACAGCUAUUUGUACAAUGUGAACCCCUGCAGCUUGCCGCUCUCCAACUCUAGCGUCAUACACGGCAUGAGCCAUAAUGUAGCCGCUACGUUGACAGCCGCCAACCUGCAAAAUGUGCAUGCAACAUAUUACAACAACGUUACACAGCAGCAACAACAACAAAUCGUGCAACUACACACCAACUUGCAACAACCGCCGCCAUUAAAUGCCACAGUACAAACGCAAUUGCCACAACAACAGCAGCAGCAACAACAACAACAGCUGCAAGUGCUUGGUCAACAACAACAACAGCAGCAGCAAAAUCAACAGUCCAAUCAAGCGACCACGCAACAGCAUCAAGUUGUGCUGAAUGUCGGCAACAUACAAAUAAAUCCGAACACUUCAGAGAACUCCGAAGUGCCGCUGAUAAUAACCGACGAGAAUGCACCGCCACAGCCCGGACCCACCAUGCUAAUCUCGCAUGUAAUCAAAAGUUUACUAAAGUUUCUAGCACAAGACACCUGCCAGCCCUUGUGGAACUACGAGGAUAUCACCGCCAAAGUGUGGAUGGUGAAGUCCGCCGAGCAGCUAAGCUGCUUCCUCAAGCACAUGGUGAAAGUGUUUGCCGACAGCUAUCCGCAGGCACGCAUAGCGGAGCGUUGGGCACAGACGGCGCUGCAAUUGGGCUUAUCUUGCUCGUCACGUCACUACGCUGGGCGUUGCUUGCAGAUAUUCCGCGCACUCAACGUGCCCAUCAACUCGCGUAUGCUCUCCGAUAUAUUGUCACGUUUGGUCGAAACGGUGGCCGAACAGGGUGAAGAUAUGCAGGGUUAUGUUACGGAGCUGCUGCUGACGCUGGAAGCCGCCGUUGAUAGUUUGGAUUCCGAUUUCCGACCGCUGGAUGUCAUGAAGGACAUCUUCAAGAGCACGCCGAACUUGAAUAACAAAGAUGGUGGGCCCAAUUCGAUAUUGCCCGGCAAGAAGUCGCCUUCGGGUGGCAUAGCACCGCAAUCGCCGAACUUCUCCGUGCAGAGUCAUGCACGCAGCACCAGCUAUUCGGUGACAUAUUGCGCACGCAAGAGCACCAAUUCGCCGUGCGACAAACAAGUCGAGUUGCGUAAUCGCGCAUCUGGCAUGUCGUGCAUGUCGGAGUUGGAGCGAAAUGCCGCCAAGUUCGGCGGCUCGGCUCUGUCACGCUCGCGCAGCGCUCAAAGUUUGAAAAUGCUGGGUGACAGCGCCACGCAGGAUGACAAAAUGACCAUACUGGCUCAACUCUUUUGGCUGUCGGUUUCACUCUUGGAGAGCGAUUAUGAGCACGAAUUUCUGCUGGCUGUGCGUUUGUUGACGCGUGUAUUGCAUCGCUUGCCCCUCGAUCGGCCGGAUGCUCGGGAUAAAGUUGAAAAGCUGCAACAACAACUCAAAUGGACCGGUUAUCCAGGUGUACACGCGCUGCUAUUGAAGGGUUGCACACACACCUCCACAUAUGAACCCACCAUAACGCUACUCUCACAAUUCGCACCCAUGCUCAACUUGCCCGUCUGCGAUCCCACACAAAGCUGCGCCUUCCCCAUGAACGUCAUCUCGCUGCUGCCCUACAUGCUGUUGCACUACGAAGAUGCCAAUGAGAUUUGCAUACGCAGCGCCGAGAAUAUUGCACAAGUUUCAUCGGAACUUGGCGCCAAAUUGGAGAACCUCGGCACCGUGAUGACGCUCUACAGCCGCAAAACAUUCUGCAAAGAAUCGUUCCAGUGGACCAAGUGUGUGGUGAAAUAUUUGCAUGACACCUAUGCACACAUGGGUCUACAUAUGUUGGCCUUUCUGAUUGAGGUGCUCGAGAAGGGGCCGCAACAGAUACAGGUGCCGGUACUGAAUGUCAUACACUGCAUGUUGCACUAUGUGGAUCUCUCUGCGCCGCAAGCGCAAACCAUCAAUAGCGAUUUAUUACGCGCAAUCGGCAAAUAUUUGGAUACCGUUAACUGGAAGGACGCAUUAAAGAUACUGAAAUUGAUUGUGACACGCAGUUCGUCGCUGCAAGUGGUGCCGCCAAGCGAAGGUUGUAGCGCCGGUUUAUCGUUGUCUUUCUAUGGCACAUAUCCGGAUUCGGAUAUGUUCUGUAAAAAGGAACUUGCUGGUCGCACCAUGGAAUUCACCUUCGACGUGUCGCAGACACCGCUCAUCGGUCGACGCAUACUGCUCAAAACCGAUGACAAUCCCGCCAUUACCGGCGGCACCAACUCAUCGAACGCUUCUACAAACACCACCGUAACGACAGCGAGCAGCGCCACCGUGUUAAAUAACGCCGGCGUUGGUGUAUCGGGCGCUGGCGGCGCGCAAUCACGCAACGUCGGCAAUAUGACGGCGGCGGCGGCACAGGGCAAUUACAGCACGUCAGCGGGCGGUGCACACUUGCAGCAGCAGCAUAACAACAGCGCUGUGGGCACACCAAACUCACCACGCCGCAGCGCCAGUCUUUCACCGGCCGACUCGGCUUCGCUUAGCGGCUGGAAGCGUCCGUGGAUGUCGCAGGGUCGCGUACGCGAGUGUCUAGUGAAUCUGCUGACCACUUGCGGCCAACGCGUCGGCUUGCCGAAGUCACCAUCGCAGUCACUGAGCACAUCGAUCUUAACGGGAUCCAUUGCAACCAGACAAAGCGUGAUCUUCAGUCAAUCAUCCGACUUAAUGGAACGUCAAUCGUCGGCUGCUUCCUCCACCGAGGAGACUUCCGGCCCACAGGGUGAUCUGAGCAGUGGUUCGCGUCGUGACGACGGUCAACCCGACUUUACCGUCUUCAAAGAUUUCGAUUUUCUCGAAUACGAAGACAGCAUUGCCGGCGAAUCCACGGACAAUUUCAAUUGGGGCGUAAGGCGGCAUCAACUCUUCGAGGGCGAUGAAGAGCGCCUCACCUGCGGCAGUGGCAUUGGCGGUGGUGGCGGUUCCAAUAAAGGCGGUCAUUCGUCUGCGUUGGAGGAUAGUUUCAGCGAAAAGACACCCAUAUUAAGUAAACGACGCCGACAGACGGCAGACGAUUCAUCUGAUGAGGAUGGCGAAUCGGAAUCACCCAUCGACGAAGAUCACCGGCAAUCAUUUAUGAAAUCCGCCUACAAUGUCGGUCCACCUACAUCGUUGAGUCUGCGCGAGCGGCGACGCCGCAAUUCGGUUUCACGCAGCGACACGAGCGGUUCCAGUGCUGGCGAUUUGGGUGAUAUAACACCAUGCAAUGCAUCGCCACAUUUGCCUGGCAUAAUACGUUUUGGCGCGCCCAUACGCGACGAGGCGGAGGAGAACUGGCGCAAGCAACUGCAAUUGAUGCUGAGCAAUCAGCCGUCGGCGCAUACAUCCGAGCUGCUGAUGCAAUUGUAUCGACUGAUUAAAGAGUUGACUUUCAAGACGAUCAGCAUCUCGAAGGAGGCGAAAAAGUAUUUUACCGGUAUUGGUUCGCAAUUGGGCAAUCGCAUAUCUUUGUUCACCGAUCUGCUCAGCUCGCGUGCCGAUCCGCCGCGUGUGUGGUGCAGUGACAUACAGACGACCACGCCGCGUCUCUUUGAAACGCUGCGUUUCAAUGUCUUAGAAGUGCAGGAGCAUUUGGAGACCUUCUUCGAUCGCAAGGAUCAAGUGCUGGAGUGCCUCGAUGCGGUGAAGACGUCUUGCAAACUGUCGCUCUUCAACGAAGCCGACGUGGCAGCGUCUAGCAUGGAGUUGGCUACCAGCACCAAUAUCGGUUACAUGACCUUCGAUCCGGCCUCCUCCGAAGUGGUAUUGGAUCUUGGACGCGCUUUAUACAAGCUUAUGUUCCAGCUGCUGUUGCUCAUCGAGUCGAAUCACAAAAUAUCUUCGAAUGUUGUUAAUCACUUUAGGAUUAAUGAAAAUAUGCAUGACAUAUCUGAUUUAUACGCGUUGGUGCGCGACGCUUUGGUCCGCAGCGUCAGUGAGGCCGAGCUCGAAAGUUUCGAAGCUGCAUCGACAUCCACCGAGGGCGAACAUACGCCCACACCCUCGCCGGGCAUACCGAUGACUAGCGAGGAAUUUGAGACGACACUGCAGGAGCUGAUCGAGGCGCAGAAGUGGUCCGUGGCUAUCACACAUGUGCGCCAAUACAAACGCAUCUCACAAAUGACUGCGUCCAAUCCGAACCUGACAAUCUUCAGUUACAACAAUUUGGAUAGCCGUUUGAAAUUCGAUGAAAUGUCUAUUAUAUUGAACGCUUAUGCGCAGAGUAUCAUGAAAGAUCGCACAGAGGCUUUCAUCGUUUCCAAAUCGGACUCUGAGCUCUUCGAGGUUUACGCUAUACUUUCGGAGAAUUUAUAUCAUGUCUCCAGCGCGCUCACGACCAUGGAGAUCAAUAUGAAGAGCUAUUCGGGUAGUUCGGCAGCAGCAGCUGCUGCCAUUGCGGCGGCACGAGCGGAGAGUGGUGAUGCAGUAACAAAUCUCUAAGAAUCCAUUUAGUAUUAAUACUUUUACCGAGUGAAUCAUCAAGCGAAAAUAAUUAAAAUAAAUAAUAUUAAUUAAAAAAAAAUUAAUUUUAAAAUUAAUAAUACAUAAAGCAUACAUACAUAUACAUAACUGUAA